AUGAAGAAGGAUAAUUCGUUUGACAAGGACUUGGAAGGUUUGAAGACCUCUGACAAAGAUGGACGAAAGUCACGUAACGAUCAUGAAUCGGGAAAGGAAAAACAGGAUCACAGUGACAUCGUGCACGCCUCGUUUCGGUUUCUUCAAUGUAUCGCUGCUGGGCUGGUAUUUGUCUAUCACAUAAUCGGAAUUUGGUUACAUGGAAUAUCAGACCUGUCCGAUUUAUCGAUCAUCAUAAUAUACCCGUGCUGUUUCUUGGCCAGUCUGGUACUCGCCAUUAGCAGAAUGUUGAAAUUCAUACCGAACCCAAAACCCAUCGUCCCAGUCACCAUUUCCUUAAUCGGAUGGAUCUGCAUGCUCACCGGUGCAAUCUUAAUCAUGAGGCAUGCUGAACUCUCUAUUGACGUUCACACUAUGACCGAUCACGAGAUCGCCGAAAGUCCGAUUUUCAUCCAUGAUUUGUCAGUCUGCGCACUAUCGCUGAUCGGUUCUUCGGUCUACAUCGUGCAUGCUUGGCUCCUCUACGAUUGCUGGUGGUGGGAUAAGAAAAAGGAGAAAGAGAUGCAAGCCAAUGAGAGUGCUGGAGAAUCUAUUAACGGAUCGAGAAACGGAAUGACGUCAGGUGCAACGGAAGCGAAGUACCGACCGGAUGGCACAUCGGGAAUGACUCUUCCGGGAACUUCUAGCGGGCAGAAUCGAUCCAACGAGCCUGGGAACACGAAGGUUAGAAGGACCUCAAAGCUGCUUGAGAAGCUUCGAGGCAAUUCGAAGACCGAAGUCGACGAAAUAGACCCUUUCGUUGACCUGGAUAAAAUUCUUCAAGAAUCCAUGGGCCCCAAGGAAAUUAACAUCGAGGAUGAACCUGUUCAACUUUACUGCUGUUGCGUCGAAUUUAUACGAAUGUUGAAGCAGGAAUGCAAGAGCAGUGUUCCAGGUCAUGAGUUUCAAGUCGUUCAUGUUAUGUGAUGAGGGCUUCAGGAUUGUGUCCUGAUUAUGUCUGUAAACGAGAAAAGGACAUUUUCUUCAUCGCGCAAGUGUUAUAUAAAUCCAAUCGACGUUAU